UCUCUACGGUUCCUGUUUGGCGACUCGUCGCCAUUAAUAUUAGCUCGUCCUUUCGAAGCUACAAUUUGGUGUUAAUACCAUCGCAAUACCCGUUCUCCAGUUUUUGGAGAACGGCUAACUCCUUCCUGGGGCUCAGUUUUUCAUUUUAGGAGGAAAAGCUCAGAUUUCACGGGGUCCCGGCCCCGCAGUUUGAGCUCCCGUUCACUCCGUCUCCUUCCUCCUAGUUCGCUACUUUAUUUUGAGACGCCUGAUCUGUGUCUCUUUUUCUCGGUUUGUUUUGUUGUCAAGAUGUCGCCGUAAUGGAGUCUCCGUGUAUGACAGAAAUGAGCCAGGGCCUUCGCCGCCUGACCCGCACUCGCAGCAACCCGUUUUCCUCUCCCCCUUUUACCCUGUUUAAUGCUAGAGAGCUCGGACGUUCUCUCCCCGGACCUCGGCCUCAGAAAUCCGCAAAGCAGGAACGUCACAACCAUGGAGAAAAACCCAAACAACAACACCAGCAGCAAAGUUCCGCCCCGUUCAGGUUCGACCGGCCCACCCACUGGCGAUUCUAAACCUAAAACAGACAGUAAAAAUGGUGGAGGGUCCAAGCGCUACGGGCGUAAACGAGAGCCCUCCUUCCCCAAGACAGACAGCUUCCCUGGCCCCCGUCGCCCCAAUCCACAGAAAAGCAAGAAUUUUGACAAGAGACCGCCCCAGAGAGGAGGAGGAGCAGGUGGAGGAGGAAAGCAGUAUGGGAACCCGGGUGGAGGUAGAAGGGAAGAGGUAGCCGAGGCUCGCCGGGCCGAGUUCAGCCCGGCUCAGUUCGCUGGACCCAAGAAGAUCAGUCUGAACCACCUGCUGAACUUCACCUUCGAGCCCCGCGGCCACGGGCCCCCCGGAGGGGAGGGCCACACCUGCUGGGGCCGCCGCAACAAGUGGGGCCACAAGCACAAGCCCUUCAACAAGGAGCUCUUCCUGCAAGCCAACUGCCAGUUCGUCGUGACAGAGGAUCAGGAUUACACGGUCCACUUCACUGACCCGGACACGCUGGUCAACUGGGACUGCGUGCAGCAAGUGCGAAUCUACAGCCAUGAGGUGCCGUCGUGCCCCAUCUGCCUGUACCCGCCGGUGGCUGCCCACAUCACGCGCUGCGGGCACAUCUUCUGCUGGCCCUGCAUGCUGCACUACCUCUCCCUCAGCGACAAGAGCUGGUCCAAGUGCCCCAUCUGCUACGAGGCCGUGCACAGCUCCGACCUCAAGAGUGUCGUCGCCAUGGAGACCCGGCAGUACCUGGUGGGCGAUGUCAUCACCAUGCGCCAGAUGCGGAGGGAGAAGGGGGUUCUGGUGGCUCUGCCCAGCUCCCAGUGGGUGAAGGUGGAGGAGCCCAUUCAUUUGGGAGAUGUGCGCCUGAGCCCUUACUCCAAGCUGCUGCUGGCCUCCGUGGAGCAGGUGCUGGGGCUGGUGGGAGAGGAGAGGGCCGCCCUGCAGGCCCAACUCAGCCAGGAGGACCAGGACACCCAGGCCUGCUUCAUCCAGGCCGCCCUGCAUCAGCUGCAGGAGCGAGAGGAAGCCUUGCUGAAGCUCGGGCCCAAGGAGGCGGACAGCGUCAGUCUGACCAGCCUGGCUCUGGUUGACCCCCCCAGCCCCCAGGCAGCUGUGCCCACUCUCAGCAGUAACAAGCCCGUGAUUUGCUAUUCCUCCGCCUUCGAUGACGAGGUGCUGGACGUCCCAGAAGAGCAGUGUGAGCAGCCCCCCGUGGCUGUCGUGGAUCUCACCCCGCCCCCCGAGUCCCAGCUCAGCGAGGAGGCUCCCCAAAACCAGUCUGAAACGGGACACCCCAAACGCGAGGAGAACGCCCCCAACUACUACUUUUACCAAGCUGAGGACGGGCAGCAGAUGUUCCUGCACCCGGUGAACGUGCGCUGUCUGCUGCGGGAGUACGGCAGCCUGGAGGCCAGCCCCGCCUCCAUCACCGCCACCGUGGUGGAGCUGGACGGGCACACGGUCACUGAGGAGAUCCGCCGCCGGCACCGCUACCUGUCGCACCUGCCGCUCACCUGUGAGUUCAGCAUCUGUGAGCUGGCCCUGCAGCCCCCCGUGCUGUCCAAAGAGACUCUGGACACCUUUGCCGAUGACCUGGAGAAACGCCGGCGUCUGCGGCAGAAGAAAGCGAGGGAUGAGAAGCGCAGGGAGAGGCGCAUCGAGAUGGAGGAGAACAAGAAGCAGGGGAAAUACCCCGAGGUGCACAUCGGGCUGGAGAACCUGCAGCAGUUUCCUGCCUUCGGCUCGCCCCCCCAGGACCGCAGCCCCCCAGCGCUGCCCGACUUCACCCUGGGACCCCCCUCUCCCCUCAGCUGCAGCCCGGCCUCAGAUGGCGUGAUGUUCCCCUGUCUGAGUGGGCAGAGCCCGGUGCUGAGUGUGGAAGAGGACUCCCACUGCCUCUCCUUCGCCCAGAUGCUCCGAGAUGGGAAAGCCAGAGCUGACGCUGGGCCCAAGGCCAUCCCAAAGACGGACAAGCUGCUGGCCCCCCCGGCAGCAGACAGCGACGGGGAGAGCGACGGGUCCGACCGGGUCCCAGUGCCCAGCUUCCAGAACUCCUUCAGCCAGGCCUUCGAGGAAGCGCUCCUGCAGCUGGACCACAGCCCGCCCGCCGCGCCACAGCCUGUCCUUAUCACUGAGGAGAAAGGAGGAAAGAAGAAGAAGAAAAAGCAGAAGCUUUUGUUCAGCACCUCCAUGGUUCACACCAAAUAGACGACACUGAAGUUAAACGCACUUCCACAGACCUUCAUUUCUGCCUGUAUUUUUUCCCCGUUUACCCCUGUAGUCUUUGCACCAGCCUAUCUGCUUGCUCACGCCGCCCCUCAGCAUUCAUCUCAGCAGUUCCAGUUCUCACACACAUUGCUCCCCAGGCUGGAGCUCUGCAAGUAUUGCCAAAGCCACACUGAAUUGCACACAGGAUCAGUAUUACCAGUAUUUUAUAGUCCGUUGUUUGCAAGCACCUGGAGAACCAGGACUGGGCAGACAUCCCUGACCCCACCCAAACUCCCCACUUUUCUAAAAGUCCAGAGGUUGAGAGUCACACCAGUCGCCUGGUGCGUGUGAGAUUCCUGGUCAUUUCAAAGGUGGGAGGGUCUCUUCAGGUCCCAGGGUGGAGAGAAUUGAGAGGUUGUAGGGGCACAGUGUUUUGGGGGUGGCAGUCAGCCAGCUGCAGGUAUAUUCCACCUCCCCCUUUGACCCCCCCCCCUCCCCCUCCCCACAGUUAUAUACGUUCACUUCAAACGUAUAUACCCUGGGCCUUUCAUUCUGAUGCAAAAUGGAAAUAAUAAAAAAAGUUAUCCAGCCUAAAAUCUGUAAUACAGGGCAAUGCUCCAAUUUGGAGUUGAGUACCUUUUUAUUCUAUUACAUUCUUGCCUCAGUAGUGUAUAGUUGGAUUGUAUAUUAAGUGGACAGUUUUCCAACACACAACACAACACAACCUUCAGUCAUGGGAAGACACCUGAGAGAGCAGAAUCCCGAACCUGGCCAGGCACUAAUUCGCAGCCCCAUUAAUAUGUCCUAAAUAGGACAUUGCAUGAAACUGUGGUUAUUCUAAAAAAAGAAAAAAAAAAAAAAAGAAAAGCUUACACAUUGUUGUGACCUCAUUUAGUUGACAGGCGAUUUGACAAGGCAUAGGAUAACAUUUCAUGAAAUAGUCCAAAGGUGUUUGUUUGUUUUUUCUUACUCUUCAUUUUUUGCCUCUUUCACCCUUUUUCUUAGAACUGGUUUACUAUCUAGGGUAUGCUAUGGAUAGAUCCAAGUCCUUUGUUUCUCUGGUGUUGCAAAAAAUUGGACAUGCAAAGUUUGCAGAUUUUGAUCGCGUUUGUAAUGUAAUGCCUGGGUGGAAUGUAAGGACAGAAACUAUUAAAGGAAAAAAAUGA